CUCAAACAUCUGUCUGCAGCAUUAAAAGGUCUGCAGCGUUUGUGAACCAGAUUCAUUUGCAGCAGCUUCCUUAGCAAGUCCUGGGUAAUGGAUCUGACUGCAGCAUUGAGUCUGGCUCUGAUAUGCAGUCUGGUUUUGAUCUCAACUCAAGAGGAAGGCAUUUUCCAAGAGGAUCACCCCGAAAAAUUCUGUGCCUGGGAAUGCAUGACGUUCACUCUGAUGUGGCCAGGCGCUUACUGUGUGGGUUGGACUAAGAUCCAAUGUAAAAUCCCAGACUAUGUUAAGAACUGGACCAUACAUGGACUGUGGCCGAUGGUAAAGGAGAGAACUUGUUGUGAAUGCUGGCCUAUCUUUCAUUCUGAUCUCGUGGAGCUGGAACCUCAGCUUUCUCUGCUGUGGCCAACGCUGAUCAACAAGAAAUCCAAUUACAGCUUCUGGAAGCAGGAGUGGCACAAACAUGGAGCGUGUGCAGGGUGUGUGGAGGGGAUGAACGGCCCCACAAAAUACUUCCAGACUGCGCUGAAACUACGAUCUCUCUACAGCAUCGAUGGCGCCCUGUAUGCGGCUGGCAUACAUCCUUCGUGUAACACGUCUUAUCAGUAUGGCAAGCUCCACUCUGCACUGGCACCGGGACUGGGAGACCUGCACGUCAUGCAGUGUGUUCAGGAUCGUAAGAAUCGGCAGGUUUUGGUACAGGUGAAAAUUCCCAUGUACAAGAACUUCACUUUGGGCUGCCAAAGACACCACCCGAACCUCCGCCAGGACUCCCGAAAGCAGGCCACCUCGCCCGGACACCCCUGCCGCUACGAGGAGCCCAUCUACUACUUCCCCAUCAGCCGGGAGUCUCCCGAGCACCCCUGCGACUGAGCACACGGGAGUCUUUUCAGAAGCUGUUUAGUUGUUGUUCUGCAAUGCUUGUUAACUUACUCUCGCUCGGAAUUGCUUUCCACGUGGCGCUGAUAGUUUUGGGUUUUUUUUUUUUUGCUGGUCGUAGUCUUUCUUAUUUUGAAGUUAACACGUUAAUGAGUCGAUUUAUUGAAUGCCCCCCCCCCCCCCCCCCCCCAAAAAAAAAAAAAAAAGCGAUUCGACUACGAGUAUCAAUCAGGUAACUAUACACCUCUAUUACUAACCAUUCCAGCGACUGCAGCUUCUGAAAAGCCUCCUCUUUCAUUGAUCACUGUGUGCAGGUGAGGUGGGGUAGAAGCAUACUAUCUAUCGCGCUGUGCUGUGAAUCCCGAUCGCUAUUUCAAAAAGCAUAUUCUACAAAAACUCUGGAUAAUUAAGUGUCUAUUGUAGAGAGUAUUACAUUACUGAUACUGUGUUGUUGUGUAACUGUCUGCAUGGCAUUUUUUAAACCACUGUUUCAAUGUGAAAUAUAUGUUUUUAUUUGCGUUGGACUAAUAAUAAAUAAAUAAAUGUUUUCAAAAUUA